ACUGUAUCUAUAGGGCUGGUGGCUGUUUCUCUGCUCUCAGUGUAAGAAGAUGAGCAGAAACAUGUCGAACACCAAACAAAGCUCCAUCAGCUGCACAGUGAAGAAGGCCUCUCCCUCCUCCACCAUCAUCAGAAUGGUUUUACUGGGGAAGACYGGCAGCGGUAAAAGCUCCACCGCAAACACCAUCCUGGGCCGUAAGGUCUUGGACCUGAAGGUCAGCAGCGUCUCAACCAGCCAGCUUGCUCGCAGGGCUAGCGGAGAGUUUCGUGGGCGGCAGCUGCUGUUGUUGGACACUCCGGGUCUGCUGGACUCUCAUCAGACCACACAGGAGGUGCAGAGGGAGCUGAGGAGGAGCCUGAGUGUCCUUUUCCCCGGACCGCAUGUCUUUUUGAUCGUCAUCCAGAUUGGGAGGUUCUCUCAGGACGAGAGGGAAGCGGUGRGGCAGAUCAAAGACGCCAUGGGCACCCAAGGUUUAAAGUUCUCCGUCGUGGUUUUUACCCACGGAGACCGCCUUGAGGAGGGAGCGUCUGUGAAGCYCUGCCUGAUAGACCAGUGCCGGGGCCUCGCUGAGCUGGUGGCCGGGUGUGGGGACAGGUACUGCGURUUCAACAACCAGAACAUCAAGAACAGGGACCAGGUGUCUGAGUUGCUCACCUUGAUUGAAGGCAUGAUGCAGGACAACAGGGAAAGCUGCUACACCAGCAAGAUGCUCCAGAGAGCAGAAGAGGACCUGGCUCUUCAGCUCCAACAGCAAACUGAGAAAGAGGAGCUUCUGAAAAAGAAGCAGGAGCAAACGUUCAAGGAGUGGUACGAAAAGGAGCUGGAGGUGGCUCAGAAGAAGAUUAAGAAGGAGAUAGAGGAACUGAGGAUGAAACAGGUUCUGGAGAAGGAAAGGGAGGAGAAACUGGCGAGGGAUCGGGAGGAGGCCUUGAAGAGAGAGGUGGAGGAGAGGAAGACACAAGAGGUGGUGACGCUGAUAGAGAUGGAGAAGAAGAAAAGAGACGAUGUUCAGGAGAGGCUGGAAAAAGUCACCAAAAUGUUAGAGGAGCAGGUGGCGCAGGAGGAGAAGAUGAGACAAUCGAUGGAGGAGGAGAUCCAAAAGAAUAAAGAYGAAAACGAGAAGCAGGAGAGGCACAGGGAGCUGCAGCAGAUCCAGAUGGAGCAGGCCAUCAGGCAGAGGGAGGAAAUGGAGAGAGACUCUCUGCAGAAAGAGUUGGAGAAACUCUGCCAGAAGAUGGAGGAGCUGAGCAAGAAGGAGGAGUACAGGAAAAGGCAGAUGGAGGACGCGCUCCGACGAGAGCGGGAGGAGAAUCAGAGAGAGAUAGACAUCCAGAUGGAGCACCUCAGGGCGGAGAAACGGAGAACCGAGGCCUACAAGCGGGAGCUGAAGCUCACGAAAAUCAAACUGGAGCAGCAAGCAGCGAGCGAAGAACGGCUGAAGAGGCUGUUGGAGGACAACCUGAAGGAGGACAGCAACAAGGGCGUGUCCUCGCUGACGAGGCUGUGUGGGAAGAAGUGUGCUGAGAUGAUGGAGAGGAGGUCGGCGGYGAAGCGUCUGACUGUGGCGGCCGUGACGGGAUACGUGCAGGAGAUGGGGGUGCUGGGCCUGAACGCAGCGCUGGAGAAACUUGGAUCUCCGUGUUCGAUACAGUAACAACUUCAAAGUCUCAGAAAAUCCUCACUGGGUGUGCAUCCACUGGUUAACUUUUAGAGUCCAUCCAAUUCAAGAUGGCUGCCACAACCAACAUGACUAAAACUGUACAGAUGACAAAAAUUUGCUGUGGUGUGCAAGUUUUUUCCAACACUCUGUGCGAUACAUUUGUUCAUAACUUUGGCAUUAAUUCUUGGAGUCAACUUUGUCAGUAAAAUAUCUCAUGAUCUACUGGACAUAUUAUAUGAAACUCUCAGAAAYAAAUCACUCCAAUCCCUAAUACAUCUUGCAAGAUCUUGCAAUAAGAUAACGUUGUUAAUAAGUUUGAUCAACAUGUCUUUAUAACAUGAUUUUAUUUAAAAUUCUGUUAUGUAAAGUGGCGGACAAUAAGCAUUCCCCCAAGGAAUGCUAAGCCUUUAAUUCUAAUUUUUUUACUGUGGUGUUGUCUUUGAUGUAUUUUAUUUGUUAGUUUUCUGACCUAAAUAUAUAUUUUACAUUGACUUUUACAAUUUCUAUUAUUUGAUUUAACCAGUAACUUGAAAAAAAAGGAAAUUAAUGCCUCUGUGAAAGCAGUUUCAUUCCCACAAAUGGAUGUAAUUCCUGUGUAGUGCCCUAAAUCAGCAAAUACCCAAACUGAAGGGAAAUGAUGGAGAUAAUCUGAUUAUCAACUCCCCGCCCUCCACCCUGAGCUGCUGCUUCUGUCUCCAUCAUUUCAAUCUGUACUCAAACCAAACCCUGUUUCCAUUAAUAAACAGCACACAGUGCUUUAGUGUUUCUCCUUACAGAUGCUGCUGUGAGCUCAGCUGGGCCAUCUGCUUGUGCUCUGAACCAGAAACUCUGCUUUUAGCGUUGCCCGAUGGCUCUGACCGGAUAUACGUCUUUAAGUACACUUUCAUUACUUGGACUGUGGGGGAGUAUACUGUGACUUUAGACGUUAGAGAAGAAAUUUCAAGUGUAUACAUUCAUAUGUUUUAYUAAUUAAAUGUUUGAAAGGUUUUGUCUUUCAGUUAUGAUCUAAUGAAUCUAUGGUGUCAAAUGUUGGACAAAAGAAAACAAUUUCUCUUUAUAUUUUACUGUACUGCUUGAAGUAAAACAAAAAUAAAAAUGCAUUUUAUAGAUCAAUUUAAACUCAGUUUAUUUCAAAAAGGGUGUCUAAACUAGAUUUUCUAUUUUAUUGAACUUUUAUUAAAUUUCRAUCGGGGAUUAAUAAAGUUUUCUGAUUCUGA